CAUUAGACCACGUGUCCCCUGGAACAAUGAAAGGCGGACAGAUCCUGUCGCUUGUGGUGCUGAUCUCUGCCCUGCUUGCUGUGACACACUCUCUUGAGCACCCAAGUCACGACUCAUGUAACACAAGUGGGUGUAGACAUGGGAAUGGUCGUCUUCGAUGUCAGUCAUGUAAGAUCGGGUGUCACGGAUCAAACUGCAGCUCUACAUGCCAAGGACGUUGUGACGGAGACGGAUGUGACAGGUCCACUGGAGAAUGUUUCAGAUGUAGACCAGGGUUCUAUGGACGACACUGCGACACACCCUGUCCACCACGAUGUUCCAGCAGUCCGGUAGGUGGCGCUGUCUACUGUCACCGCCAUACAGGUGCUUGUUCUGAAUCUUGUGGUGGAGGAUGGACCGGGCCACACUGUGAUGGACGAUGUCCACCCAACUGCAAGGCAUCAAUCUGUCACAUACACACAGGAGAAUGUCUUGAUGGGUGUGAUGGAAGAUGGACAGGGAACUUCUGUAACAUGACAUGUGACAACUGUCUGAUGGGAAGGUGCAGCAUCACGGGGUACUGUCUACAUGGAUGUGAAGCAGGCUUCUAUGGACAGAAGUGCAAAGACAGAUGUCAACAUUGCUGGACCAGUGGCUGUGACAGACAGACUGGGAUAUGUGAAGCGUGUCAACCUGGUUACCAUGGACACCGCUGCAGUAGCACGUGCCCCGAGAAGUGCUACAAAGGAAGAGAUGGACACAAGCACUGUGAUCGACAUACUGCAGUUUGUCUAGAAGGAUGUGAGACUGGGUGGCACGGGUCACACUGUAACAGCCCGUGUAGUACCUCCUGCAAGUCCUCCCUGUGUUACAGCCAUGAUGGAUCGUGCGUGGAGGGCUGUGUUCCAGGGUACUAUGGGAAACACUGCCACAAGAAAUGUCUCCAUUGUAGAGACAAUGUGUGUGACCGCCAUGGACGGUGUUCAGCCUGUACUGAUGGAUGGUUCGGAGAGAGAUGUGACGAGGCUUGUGGGUGGUGUCUGGAUGGUGUAUGUGAGGUGAACGGUAGCUGUAGUCGUGGGUGUAAGGACGGGGCGUACGGGAGUCACUGUCAGCACACAUGCAGUGGGGGCUGUGUAGCGUGUGAUCAGAGGACAGGCGACUGUAAUGACGUAGGGUCUGUUGAUGCUGUGAUCGAACUUGAUACGAUUGCAAGUACAUGCUCCUUAAUGCAUUCAAAGUAUCAAAACGUAAUGCCCAUUGCGUUUGUACUUGCUUGCUUAUCUAAUUAUUUAGAUAUAUAGGUAGAUGCCGGGAUACGUAGGUAG